AAAAAACGGUGUCCAAAAAUACCGAUUUCCAAUUGUUAGGAAAACUUGAAAUCGGCCCUAAUUAAUCGGCCAUUCCGAUUAAUCGGUCGACCUCUAACAUGUAGUCUAUUAAUCAAUGGUUAUAUGUAAUGCGUAGUUUGAUGUGUAACUAAAGAAAAGCCAGCCCUUACCUUUUGGAGAAAUUCCAGAAUUAGUAUGGAACAUGCUUCAUUUUGCUUUCACGUGUGUGGAAAAAAGUAAGAAAGAGUAUCUAAACCUCUCUCUCUAUCUCUCACUUUUUCCCUCUGUCUUUCAGAAUGCGACCCAUGAGAUUGGUGAGGAGGUGGAGGACGGGGUGGUAUACACCAUCACCCUGCGGAAGGUGCAGAUGCUCCACCACCGCCACCAUGUUGGUGGCAGCGGGGCCGUUAAGGGCCAACGCUGGCUAGGUCUGGACGCAUCGCUCAGCCUGUAUGAGACGUGCAAGGUGCGCACCAUCAAGGCAGGCACGCUGGAGAAGCUGGUGGAGUACAUGGUGGCGGCGUUCCGGGGCAACGACUCCACCUACGUUACCAUCUUCCUCUGCACCUACCGCUCCUUCGCCUCCACCAAGCAGGUCCUGGACCUGCUGCUCAACAGGUAUGCCAAGCUCCAGCACCUGCCUGGCUCAGAGGGCCACAGACUGACUCAUGAUGAUCGCACAGAUCUGAGGAACACAAUAUCCUCCAUCUUGGGGGCAUGGCUUGACCAGUACUCUGAGGACUUCUGGAAUCCUCCGGAGUACAGCUGCCUGCGACGUCUCAUCUCCUACCUGCACCUCAACUUCCCGGGAUCGGACCUGGAACGCCGCGCCUGCAACCUCCUGGCCCACUUCCACCACCGGCAGCUCCAAGAGCCCGAGAGUGAGUUGCUGGAUCAUGGCGGCUAUCCUUUCACCUUAUUGGAGGAGAAUGGCUACGAGGAUGACCGACUGGACUUUCUGAACUUUGACCCGGCGGUGGUGGCCGAGCAGUUCACCCUCAUGGACGCGGAGCUCUUUAAGAAGGUGGUCCCCUACCACUGUCUGGGGAGUAUCUGGUCGCACCGGGACAAGAAGGGCAAGGAGCAUCUGGCACCCACCAUCCGUGCCACUGUCACACAGUUCAACUGCGUCACCAACUGUGUCAUCGCCACCUGCUUGAGUGAGCGUCUGCUCAAACCCACACAGCGGGCCAAACUGGUGGAGCGCUGGAUCGAAGUGGCCAGGGAGUGUCGAAUCCUGAAGAAUUUUUCUUCGCUACGGGCCAUCCUUUCUGCUCUGCAGUGCAACCCGGUCCACCGGCUGAAGAGGACAUGGGAUGAGGUGUCCAGGGAGAACUUUCGCAUCUUCCACGAGUUGUCAGAAAUAUUCUCAGACGAAAAUAACCAUUCGCUCAGCAGAGAGCUGCUCAUCAAGGAGGGCACGUCCAAAUUUGCCACCCUGGAAAUAAACCCCAAACGAGCCCAGAAGAGACAGCAGCAGCCCCGAGACCUGAGUGUGAUGCAGGGGACCAUUCCCUACCUGGGUACUUUCCUGACAGACCUAGUCAUGAUGGAUACUGCCAUGAAGGACUACCUGGACGGAGGGCUGAUACAUUUUGAGAAGAGGAGGAAGGAGUUUGAGGUGAUUGCCCAGAUCAAGCUUCUGCAGCUGGCCUGCAACAAUUAUAACUUCACCCGCAACAAACGUUUCCGACAGUGGUUCUCCUGUGUGGACAAACUCACUGAGGCCGAGAGCUACAGUCAGUCGUGUGAGAUCGAGCCGCUGUCAGAGUCGGCCUCAAAUACUCUGAAAAAGAAGAACACAGGAAUCAUCAAACGCUGGAGCGAUCGCCAGCCGGCCAGCUCGGAGCCAGGCUACUGCUGUGCGGGCAGCUCUCACUCCAAGUCCUUUGACCAGCUGCGCUACGCCCCCUGCUUGGGGGGCUCAAGUGGAGGUGGAAGGGGUGACGGAGCAGACUCCCUGAGCGUCACCUCAGCCGGCUCCAGCAGCUCCGACGUCGAGGAGAUAAAUAUCAGCUUCAUCUCCGACUCGCCUGACGCCCACGAGCGAAAGACCUCCACGCCUUCCGUAAAACAUUCCAAUUCCACGUUAGGGAAGUGCGGCCCCUUGCCUGACCUGGCACCCACGUUCUGGGAGUCCACUUCUCUGUCCUCCUUGGACGCCUCUGGUGUGGGAUCUGGCUCGGGCUCCAGCAGCGCCUCCUCCUCCUCCAUGUCCUCCACGCCCGUGGUAGGGGCCGGCUCCCGCUCGCACAAGCGCUCCGUGUCAGGUGUGUCCAACUACUCGUCGCUGUCACUGCCCCUCUACAACCAGCAGGUGGACGAUUGCUGCAUCAUACGGGUCAGCCUGGACGUGGACAACGGCAACAUGUACAAGAGCAUCUUGGUGACCAGUCAGGACAAGACGCCGGCGGUGAUCAGGAAGGCCAUGGUGAAACACAACCUGGACCGGGAGAGGGCGGAGGACUACGAACUGCUGCAGAAGAUCUCUGAGGAGAAAGAGCUGAAGAUUCCAGACAAUGCCAACGUUUUCUAUGCCAUGAACUCCUCGGCCAACUACGACUUUGUCCUGAAGAAACGUGGCUUCCCCAUGGUGGGCCGGACCAAGCAUGUGGCCAGCUCCACACUGCCGCGGAUGAAGCAGAACGGCCUGAAAAUCGGCAAGGGCAUCUUCUGAGGGGCUACACCAUGUCCUCGCCCGCCUCCCACUUCCUGCUGGGCUCUCUGGGUGCCAUCUUUUAGUACCACCCUUGAUGUGCCAUGGUAGAGGGGCCAGCCGCCAGCUCGGUCUUGUGUUCGGCGUCUGAGCGUCAAAGCCUCAGAGGACUAAUUCAGCUGAGUGGGAUGGAAAGCACUAUAGGCCAAUGAACUUGCACAAAUCACUCCCUGUUAGCUUCAGCUCUCUGUGGACGUCCUAAUCGAUAGUGAGCACUCAAGAAGGAAAACUGAGGGAAAAUGGUAACUGUAUUUUAUCCAGGUGCGUCUGAAAAUGCCUUCCCUCUAAAGGAGUUACACUCCCUGUCAUUUCUACAGAACCCUCCCUCAGCCGAUGCAGCGUGUGUGUGUGUGUGUGUGUGUGUGUGUGUGUGUGUGUGUGUGUGUGUGUGUCAAGCACUCAGAGAAAGAGCGAGAGAGAGAUGGACAGAGAUGGAAACAUGAAUAUUGUAUUGUGAAAUGAACCGUGGUCUUUAAAUGUCUAGUCUUUUUGUUCUAUGUAGUGUAAAGAAAAAAACAUGAAUGAAAGGACUGUUCUGGUCUGCUCCCUCCUUUAUUUCUCUCUUUCAUUAAGGCCUGUUUUCCUAGUGUACCAGGGUAGGGGUCAACUUCAUUUCAAUUCAGUUAAUUCAGGAGAUAAAUGAAAGAGAGGAAAAGAAAGAACUCUAAUUAAAACAUACUGGUCCACUCCGCGUGUGCCAAAGAGCAGAGAAGAGUGGAAUAUGAGAUAUGAUCAUAGACUGUUUUUGGGAGCAUAGAGAUUGUAGUGGGGGAGUGAGUUUGCUUGCUGUUGAUAGAUUCCUUGCACAGAUGUGUGAUUCUUUGUCUAUGACUCUGAUAGAAGAUAAUCUGAUAUGACGAGUCCUUGGUUUGUAGUACCCCAUGUCUAUCCAUUUCUUACAGUAUUGCAGCACUUAUGAUCAAACCUAACGUCCCUAAUUAUCAGCAGCCAGGUCAGUGGAUUACAGUGUUAAAGCCUGUGUUCGUGCUCAAAGGGUUUUCUGAAAUGAUUUACUUUUUGAAUGUGACCGUGUCACACUGUGUCCUGUGCAUGACAGUAAACAUUCUAAAAGGGACACAGGAUUGGGUCUCUAUCAGAGGGCAGGCUAUAUGUAGGCUGGCUAUACUUUACUUCUAUAGCCUUUUUACAUAUUGUGCCAACCUGAACCAUAGUGUGCUGGCUGGCUCUGAUAUUUUAUUUUUAACAUGGUCCUUUCCAGCACAGUUCCAGCCACUAUGGUUGAUGCAUAACUAGGCCAGCGCAGUACAGCUUGGCUCAGCUCAGUACAGUAGUGUAAAAAGGGUAUGUUUUCAGGUGCUAUAAUGACAGUUUUUCAUAUGUUAAUUAUCAUAAGGAUGGGUGGUCAUAGGGGAGUGGCUAUAUGGACACUCCUGGUGCCCAAAUUGCUGACGUUUUUUGUGCAGUGAGAGUCGAGUGGUGACGAAUGGAUUCAGUUCAGUCAUUUCAGACAGUCUUCCUGAUGUGCCGUUCCCAGCAAGCUAGUUUAAUGCUUGUGGCUAAAAACUUGUCGGUCGAAGUUGGGACUUGGGAGUGUUCAGAAUCCUUUAGUUUUUGUCUAAUUAAUAAUUGUACAAAAUGUAACGUUAGAGGUUUAUGUCGUAGUAGUACAUUUUCUGUGAAAAUCACUAUUGACUACACUAUCUACUUCCCUAUCCUUACUGCGUCAAGCGGGAGAGAAGGACACGGCGCCCUGUGUUGCGUUGGCUUGAUGUGCAAACUCUCCCCAUUGAGCAGUGUAGCAUAACGGUGACAUCCAUCUAGAUUACUACCAACAUUACAAGUUAUUUUUCAUGUAGGCUGCUAUCCUACUCAAAAUAAAAUAAAGUGGGAUGGAACAAAUUGGAGAUGGUGACCAAAGCUGGGAAGGGCUGGGAACUAGCUGGGAAGGGCCUAUCAGGACGACUGACUGAACCAAAUCCACACUCGACUCUCAGCUGCGCGACAUAUGUCUAUCACCUUUUAAGGUAUGACCCAGGUGCAGACAGUGUUGAAGAAACAAAAGUUUAUUAUUUAAACAGAGGCAGACAAAUGACAGGUCAAUGCAGGCAGAGGUCAAUAAUCCAGAGAGAGUGUAAGGCAGGGGGGCUCAUGGUCAGGUCAGGCAGAGGUCAAUAAUCCAGAGAGAGUGUAAGGCACCGGAACCGCAGACGGGCUCACGGUCAGGUGAGGCAGAGGUCAAUAAUCCAGAGAGAGUGUAAGGCACCGGAACAGCAGACGGGCACAUGGUCAGGUCAGGCAGAGGUCAAUAAUCCAGAGAGAGUGUAAGGCACCAGAACAGCAGGCGGGCUCAUGGUCAGGUCAGGCAGAGGUCAAUAAUCCAGAGUAGAGUGUAAGGCACCGAAACCGCAGACGGGCUCAUGGUCAGGUGAGGCAGAGGUCAAUAAUCCAGAGAGAGUGUAAGGCAGACGGGCUCAUGGUCAAGUCAGGCAGAGGUCAAUAAUCCAGAGAGAGUGUAAGGCAGACGGGCUCAUGGUCAAGUCAGGCAGAGGUCAAUAAUCCAGAGUAGAGUGUAAGGCACCGGAACAGCAGACGGGCUCAUGGUCAGGUGAGGCAGAGGUCGGUAAUCCAGAGUAGAGGCAAAGGUACAGGACGGCAGGCAGGCUCAGGGCAGGUCAGGCAGAGGUCAAUAAUCCAGAGAGAGUGUAAGGCACCGGAACAGCAGACGGGCUCAUGGUCAGGUGAGGCAGAGGUCGGUAAUCCAGAGUAGAGGCAAAGGUACAGGACGGCAGGCAGGCUCAGGGCAGGCAGGCAGGCUCAGGGCAGGCAGGCAGGCUCAGGGCAGGCAGGCAGGCUCAGGGCAGACAGGCAGGCUCAGGGCAGGCAGGCAGGCUCAGGGCAGGCAGAAAAGGUAACACCUGUGAAACUACAAAACAGGGACUAUAGCGAAGACAGGAGCAAGGGAAAUCGCUGGUAGGUUUGAACGAACAAAACGAACUGGCACAGACAGACAGAAAACACUGGUAUAAGUACCCAGGUGAUAAUGGGGAGGAUGGGCGACACCUGGAGGGGGAUGGAGACAACCACAAGGACAGGUGAAACAGAUCAGGGCAUGACAAUGUCAUCCAUUUGAGCACCGGUGUGUCCGUAUAGCCUCUCCCUAGUCACAUUAUGUAAGUACUGCGUUAUGAAUGCAUGCAACUGUGCUGGUUGGUGACAGUGAUGGUUGCUGUAUGUUUGUGAAUAGUGGAGUCCGGGAGUCUACUGCCCUUAUGUCAUUCGUUGGACUUCAUAUCGGUGGUGUUGAUGGAAGUUGCCCCUAAGCCCUGAUUCAAUGUCAGUUUAUAUUCCUACGUCCUAUGACCAAGGUUAGGAUUGAGGUUGGGAACGCUAAACCUAGAUCUGUGGUUAAAGUCAACUUCUGUAAUGCGUCAAUGAAUGAGGGAUGGAUCCUUUGUGCACAUCUCAAACUUUUGUGUAUGUGUGCUUGUUGUUUCUCUUUUUUUGCGAAUGUCUGCCAUAAAGGGGGGGGGGGGGGGGGGUCGGUCUGUCAUAAAGAUGUCAACAUUUCAGGUUUGUGUGUGUGUGUGAAUGAGACUCUCUUCUGUGUCUGCAUUGUUGUUGGUAAAAGUAAGGGCCAAAGACUGCACCGAUCAAACUAAGUUAGUCCCUCUCAGAAACACUGCCUGAUCAGGAAUAUGUCCUCAGGCCUCACCCUCUCACAAUGAUCCUCCUUAAAACCUUUGUGCCAUCGCUCUCCAUCACUGUCAACGACUCAGAACUCUAACGAUUAUCUGUUCAAUGUUUUUUCUAUGUUCCUUUUGUAUUUUUUGUAUUAUAAAAGACUCAAUGUCCUUUGUACUUUAGAUUUUUUUGUGUGUGUUUGCUUUAUUUAUUAACUUGUAAAUACUUUUGUAGCAUUUUACAUUUAGUUUCUUUUCCCAUGCAAUUACAAAUGAAUAUGUAAAUAUACAUGCGAUUGUUCUACCACUGUAUUUGCAGGGCCACUUGUCUCCAUAUCCCUUUGGCUUUGGCUGCUUUACAUCAAUCCUGUCUUUUGUAUAAUGGUCAGUUUUGAUAUUGCUUUUCCCCUUAUUGCGCUGUUUGUAAUGGAGAAAAACCCACCUAAUAAACACUUACCAUGUGU